AAACGGCAGAAAAAGUAUUGGAACGUUACCCUCCGUCCACUCGUGCUCAGGCGAAGGGAAGAUGUAUCGCUGCGGCUCCUCCUUUUCGCGAAUUUCCUCUCCCUCCUACAGAGCCGUCAAGCAUGCGAGAGGACGGGGUGUCGACAAAGUUAACUCCACCAGACAGUAUGCAAACCUACCCGACAAACCACCUUCGAUGAAUGACCUGCCAGUACCUCAGGGCUCGUGGACUCUGCGACAUCAGAGGAAACAGAAAUCCUACAAUUUGCAACUGGCAGCAGGCCUUGGUUUUGCUGGAUUUACAUUGUUUGUUGCCAAACAGAGUGGACUGGUAGAGUUUGGCUGGGGACCUGGUAAGGUGAUCUACCCAAAGGAGGCUGUAGAACCUGCUGUUGAAGCAGAACCAGCUGUUGAAAUCAUUCCAGUAAUUGAAGCAGAACCUGCUAUUGAAAUUUCCGACAAGGGUAAAGCAGAUGUUGCUGAACCAGUGGCAGUAGAAGGAGAACCUAGCACUGAAGUUGCUACCUCAGUAGAACCUACAGCUGAAUCUGAGCUUAUCAAGGAGGCUGCUGUAGCUGAAGCCUCUUCCAAUUUAGAAAAAACAAAUGACAAUAUAGUCAUCCCAGUGAAGUCUGAAGCUGCAGCUCCAUCUGUGCCAGAACAUGUUCCAUACCUGAUAAUUGGUGCAGGAACAGCCUCAGUGGCGGCUUUUAGGGCCAUCAAGGCAAAAGAUGCUAAAGCAAAGGUGCUUAUAAUUUCUGGUGAGGGUGAAGCUCCCUACAUGAGGCCACCCCUCAGCAAAGAGCUGUGGUACAGUGAUGAGCCUGAAACAGCCACUAAGCUAAGGUUCAAACAGUGGAAUGGGAAGGAAAGGAGCAUCUUCUUUGAACAUGAUGAGUAUUACACCCCCAUUGACACCUUAACCACACGGGAGAAUGGUGGCAUUGCACUUCUGAAAGGUCACAUGGCAGUCAAGCUGGAUGUCCACAAGAAGCGUGUCUAUUUAGAUGAUGGGACUGAAAUUGGAUAUGACAAGUGCCUUAUUGCUACAGGAGGCAAACCCAAGUCCCUUCCCAUACUGGACCGAGCUGGAGAAGAUAUUCAGAAGAACGUUACCCUUUUCCGUGGCAUAAAGGAUUUCCAGACUCUCCACAGCAUAGCACAGGAAGGAAAACACAUCACGAUUAUUGGUGGUGGAUUCCUGGGUUCAGAACUUGCUUGUGCAUUAGGUCACAAAGCAAAGACAAACAAAGGGAAGGUGACACAGGUGUACCCAGAGUCAGGUAACAUGGGAAAAGUUCUCCCUGAAUACCUUUCCAAGUGGACCACCCAGAAGGUCAAGUCUGAAGGAGCUGACAUCAUCCCCAACUCUUAUGUUAAGGGCGUCAGCACCAAUGAUGAAGGCAAAGUGGUGUUAACUCUCAACACUGGAGUUGAACAUGUUACUGACCACAUUGUUGUAGCUGUUGGUCUGGAGCCUAAUGUCGAAUUGUCAAAGACCUCUGGACUGGAAGUUGAUGAUAUCCAUGGUGGUUUCCGAGUGAAUGCUGAGUUGGAAGCAAGGACUGACCUCUGGGUGGCUGGAGAUGCUGCCUGCUUUUAUGACAUCAAGCUUGGACGCAGACGUGUGGAGCACCAUGAUCACGCUAUUGUUUCUGGAAGGUUGGCUGGCGAAAAUAUGACAGGCGUUGGCAAGCCAUACUGGCACCAGUCCAUGUUCUGGUCUGACCUGGGACCCGAUGUUGGCUAUGAGGCUAUUGGUAUUGUGGAUUCCUCCCUACCAACCGUAGGUGUGUUUGCUAAAGCCACUGAGAAGGACACACCAAAGGCAGUGGUUGAAGCUACUGGAGAAAGCAUGCGGUCAGAAACUGAAAGUGCUGCAGAAAGUGGCACCAUAGCACAUUCCAGCGAGCCCCAUGCCCCAGUGUCCGGUGAAGAUUAUGGCAAAGGAGUCGUUUUUUAUCUGCGAGACAACAUUGUCGUAGGCAUUGUCUUAUGGAAUGUAUUCAACCGUAUGCCCAUUGCAAGGAAGAUCAUUAAGGAUGGCAAGAGUUAUGAUGAUCUCAGCGAAGUGGCAAAGCUCUUCAGUUUGCAUUCAGAAUAGGGAUGACAGUAGCUUCUCAGAUUGUUACUAUUUUUGACAUGGGUUCCUAAGAGUCAGUACUUUUUUUACAGAUGAACGUAAAUACCAGACAUUUAGAAAUGAAGAUUGUUACUUGUAUAUAGAGUGAUACUACGAAGUCAGCUACUGAAUUACGGCUUGUGUGCUCAACAAGGUUGUUGGUAAAUUUUCAUGUCUUUUCUUUUACUAGAUUACAAAAUGUCGCCAUCCAAGAGACUGUAAAUGCUUAUGAAAUUCAAAAUCACUUAUUAACUUUACAGAAACCUUGCACUUCUUACUCUUGAAUAUAGUUUGGUAUCUUCGCACAAUUCAAGCUUACGGUCUGAAAGACUUCAGUUGGUAUCACAUGGUUGCAGAACUAAUGGUAUGGGGAGCUUCUUACUAUAUCAUGAUUGUAAACUAUUGAUUGAUUCUUACACACGUGUCAGAGCUGCAAGUGCAAAAGUUGAGCAGUUGCUCAAAACAGAUUUAGUAGUAGGGAAGGUUAGUGGCAUUGUCAGUUAUACCUAGAAACAAGAUACUUUUGCAAACUGUACAAAAAUAAAAAGUUAUCGCUGUUCUUAUGAUUUAUGUAUUAGGAACUGGACAGAAGGUAUUGCUACUGUGCAUUAGUCCUCAUCAUUCCUAAAUGAACCAUAUCCAUUACCCAUAUACCAGAGGAUACCAUCUACAGGCUUGAUUUUAUCUUCAUCUUUAUCCCCCUUUUUUUAGGUAUGUAGUUGAAUGCUGAUAAGCAAUUCCAUGUUGACACAAUGGAAGAGGAACCCAUAGUGCAUCCAAACUGGUUUACUUAGAAAAGGUAACAGUUUGGAAAUCAGGGACUUCUGUGCUUAUGAAUGGUUCUUGAUUGACUUCUUACGGGUUCUGCCGACAUUGUGAGCACUAAAUACAAUGAUAUAACGCCCAAAGCAUAUUUUAUGCCAUAAAUGUUAAAUACUGGAGCCUUC